AGCUGAUAAAAGUCGGUGAGACGACAAACAGCUGAAGUGCUCAGUCAUCGCUUGUUAUUGUCGGUGUUUGUUGAGUCCAGCAGAGACCAGAGACCCCGGCCAGGAUGAGGAGCUUCGUGCUGGUUGUUUUCGCGGCGUUUGUCGUCACGGGCGACGCCAUCAUCCGGAUCCCCUUAAAGAAAUUCCGCUCCAUCAGACGCGAGCUGACGGACUCAGGGAGGAAAGCGGAGGAGCUGCUGGCCGACAAACACUCCCUCAAGUACAACUUCGGCUUCCCUUCCAGCAGCGAACCCACUCCAGAAACCCUGAAGAACUACCUGGACGCUCAGUAUUAUGGAGAGAUCGGUCUGGGGACCCCCCCUCAGCCCUUCACCGUGGUAUUCGACACGGGCUCCUCCAACCUGUGGGUUCCCUCCGUUCACUGCUCCAUCUUGGACAUCGCCUGCUUGCUUCAUCACAAAUAUAACUCCGCCAAGUCCAGCACAUACGUGAAGAACGGCACCGACUUCGCCAUCCAGUACGGGACAGGAAGUCUGUCGGGGUACCUGAGCCAGGACACCUGCACUAUCGGAGACCUCUCUGUGGAGAACCAGCUCUUCGGAGAGGCCAUCAAGCAGCCGGGCGUGGCCUUCAUCGCCGCCAAGUUCGACGGGAUCCUCGGCAUGGCGUACCCUCGUAUCUCUGUGGACGGGGUCGCUCCAGUCUUUGACAACAUCAUGAGCCAGAAGAAGGUGGAGCAGAAUGUCUUCUCCUUCUACCUGAACAGGAACCCAGACACAGAGCCCGGCGGCGAGCUGCUGCUGGGAGGAACCGACCCCAAAUACUACAGCGGAGACUUCCAGUAUGUCAACAUCACCCGCAAGGCGUACUGGCAGAUUCACGUGGACGGGAUGUCGGUGGGCCCUAAGCUCAGUCUGUGUACGAGCGGCUGUGAAGCCAUCGUGGACAGUGGAACGUCUCUGAUCACCGGCCCGUCAGCCGAGGUCAGGAACCUGCAGAAAGCUAUCGGAGCCACGCCCCUCAUCCAGGGAGAGUACAUGGUGAGCUGUGAUAAAGUCCCAACGCUGCCCGUCAUCACUUUCACCAUCGGGGGGCAGUCUUACUCUCUGAGCGGGGAGCAGUACAUCCUCAAGGUGAACCAGGCAGGUAAGACCAUCUGUCUGAGCGGCUUCAUGGGUCUGGACAUCCCCGCCCCCGCUGGGCCCCUGUGGAUUCUGGGAGAUGUAUUCAUCGGCCAGUACUACACGGUGUUUGACCGAGACAACGACAGGGUGGGCUUUGCAAAGUCCAAAUAGGCACACGGAGGUCUGAAGCAACAGGUUCAAAUCCAGAGCUCCCAGUUUACAGAGAGUCAGCUGCACACGUUCCGUUGCUUUGUAAUCAAAUCGUUUAUAGCAAUAGCUUCUGUGUAGAGCUUUACUGCACUGAUCAGAAGAGUGAGAACCAUUUUCAGCUGAGGGAAUCAGAGUGGAGGUUUGAAGUGACAGGUGUUAUAGAUCAGGUGAUCGUAUCAGCACGGCCCCUUUUGACAUCCACGUCGUCUCUCUUGUUUUAAUCAGGGAUUUGUUUUAAUCGGAACACUUUUAAUUGGCAUUUUAGGAGGAGAUUCUACUACUGACUUUGAGGUGUAUUUUAAUGUGAUUGGCUUAAAUAAACAGUUUUAAAAGAA